AUGUUUUUGUUUUUUAACUUUAUUUCGGCACGAAACUUAUAUGUUAACAUAAAAGAGUCGAAAAGUAAGAAUUGUUUCGAGAAAGAAGGCUGUGAUCUUGAAGCAUUGCGCACUACAAUUAAAAGAGGAGAUAAUAUCUUUAUAUUAGAUAAAUUUAUUGAUAAAGAAAAUUCACAAGAACUUCUAGAGAUAUUAAAUCAAACAACAAACAAAGUUAUUUCGAUAAAUGGCCACGAUACCACUAUAGUUUCGCCAAAUUAUCCAUUUAUAGAGUCAGCAGCAAUAUAUGCAGAAGAUACUCAGAUCCAUAUUUCUGGAUUUCGAUUCACUGAUUUCAGAAUCCCCAUUUUAAAUGCCCAAAGAUCUGUUUUCAACAUUUCAGACUGUAUUUUUGAGAAUACAGACGCUUCUCUCAGCGCAAUACUAGCAUUUAUCGCAUGUAAUAUGACAAUUCGCAACGUAAAACUCACUAAUCUUAAUGCAAACACGCAAUCAAUUUUUCUUGCCAUAAAUUCAACGAUUUCGUUUGAAAAAUCUAACAUCACAAGCAAUUUCAUAGAGUCUAAAGACAUAAGAGCGGCAUUACACUUCAUGACUUCAAAAGUUUCGUUUACAGAUUCAUAUUUUGAAGGAAAUAUCAUAGAAUUGCCAUUAAUAGCCGGUGCAUCUAACUCAUCUAUAGAUAUUAGUCAGUCUAAUUUCUACAAAAAUGCUCCUUUGACCUUAAUUGCCGUUGAAUCUUACUCAAAUUGCACAAUUUCGGAUACAAAACUGAAAUUAAACAAGAAUCCAAUAAUUUCUGCUGUCAGAGGUGGAAUUUCUAUCGUUAAAAAUGUAGAAGUAACAGAACAUUACACUCCAACUUGUUUAUAUGGUUUUACUGAUUCAAACUUAUCUAUUUUAUCCACUAAUUUCAAUAACAUCCAAAUAACACAACUUGCUACAUGUAUAACCCAAGAAUUUCCAGAUUAUACUUUGAAAUUAGAAAAUGUUGGCAUUUUUGACUCCACUUCUGUCAAUUCUAUCUUUUCCCAGACAGGCGGAAGGAUAAUUGCCAAUAAUCUGAACGUAACUAAGCUCUCUUCCGAUGCAGAUAUCGUAAUAAUUUCUCAUCAGAACGGAAUUGAGACAACAAUGGAUCAUUUAACACUGCAAUUGAUAUCAUCCACAAUUGUGAUAUCAACAGCCUUGGCUUCAGUAAAUAUAACUAAUAUUUCGCUUACAAAUUUCGAUUUCCAUUCAAAUUCGAUUUGUGGCGCACUUUUUGAGAAUGGAACUAUAACAGUCAAGAACUCUUCAUUCGUUACAAAUGAAUGUCUUCCUCGAGGAAACUCUAUUCCUUUGGCAAUUUUGACGACCAGCGCAACUCCGAACGUUUACAUCGAAAACAACACAUUUAAGGACAAUACAGCAUUAACAGGUGCAGUUUUCUUUGCAAAUGUCUCAGGAAAAGUUGUAAAUAACAAAUUUUACAAAAAUCAGGCAGUUCAAGGCGGAAGUCUUGUAGGAAAUCUUAUGAAUAUCACUGUAGAAAAUUCGGAUUUCGUCAGAAACACCGGUUACAAUGAAGGAGGAGUCGCUUCUUUCAUGAAUGGAUCUGUUUCCUUUUCAAAUUGCAAUUUUGUAGGCAACCAAGCAACAGACGGUGGAGUAAUUUCAUCAAAGAACUGUACGAACAUAACGAUAACGAAUUCUGUUGUUAAGAAAAACUCUGCAGAACAUGGAACUUUUAUUCAUGACGAAAAUUCAGAAGUUAUAUGGAUAGCUGAUACAGAAAUAGAUGAUAGUUUAUCAGAAGCUAUGUUUAUCACUAAAGAAUAUGAUUUAAGUCGAGCAAAAUUUAAUUGUAAAGUUAGAUGUCUCGAACCGAAGCUAGAAGAUGUCAAAAAGCUUCUAAAACGAGAUGAAGAAAAGGUUCCUGAAGCAACAAAUAACGCAAAGGCCGAAGAAGGAAAAGAUGAUGAAGAAAUCAAAAUUGAUCAAGAGAAUGAAGAAGAAGAAAUUAAUAUUAAGGGUGAUAAAAAUACAUCUAUGGUUGUAUUUCUUAUUAUUCCUAUUAUUUUACUAUUUCUUAUCUUUAUUAUUAUUAAGAGGGUUGGAUAUAGAAAUAUAUUUGUUUUUAUUAAUAAUUUUGGAUCAAAAGAUAACCGUUAUAUAUUGUAA